UUUGCAUUAUGAAAGAGGGUACUUUCGUCCUUGUACCACUACACUCAAAUUCCUGCUCAUGCAAAAUGGUUCCUAUAAAUACAGAACAUUUCGGCAAUCACUAACCUCAACUCUUGCAGUCUACAAUAUCAUUUAUUUCAGCCGUGAAGAAUGGAGAAGCAGCAGAAUUUGGAAUGGGAAGCAGCACAGAGCAUUGCGAUCAGUGUCGACCUUAUUUUCGCGGCUAAAAAGCAGCUCAAGUUUCUCGCGGCUGUUGAUCGGAACCGAUGGCUCUAUGACGGCCCAGCUCUAGAUAGGGCUAUUUACAGGUACAAUGCUUAUUGGCUUCCAUUGUUGGCGAAGCAUUCUGAAUCACCACUUCUUGAAGGCCCAUUGGUUGUCCCUUUGGAUUGUGAAUGGAUAUGGCACUCUCAUAGGCUCAAUCCAAUUAGAUACAAGAAAGACUGCCUGGAGUUGUAUGGCAGACUUCUUGACAACAAGAAUGUUAUUUCUUCUGUGGAAGGAACAUCGAAAAACCAAACCGAGGACGCGUGGAAAACGUUAUUUCCAAGCGAGCCGUUUGAACUAGAUUUGGAAGUUAAGCAAGAAAACACCAUUGGUGAUGGAGCAGUGGCAGAGAAAUUCACAAAGUAUGAUUUGGUCUCAGCUGUUCAAAGGCAAACUCCUUUCUCUCAUCAGGUCUCCCAACCACAAAUGAAUGAGACUCGCUAUAUUAGAGGAGCUGUGGCUAGAUACAAAGGAUUUCUACACCUGAUCAAGAGGAACAAGGAGCAAGGCAUACAGAGCUUCGUUGUUCCCACUUACGACAUUGACCUCAUUUGGCACAGUCAUCAGUUGCAUCCAGCUUCUUAUAGCGAAGAUCUUCUUAAAUUUAUGGGAAGAAUUUUAGAGCAUGACGACACUGAUUCUGACAGAUCAAAAGGUCAGAAACUGGAUGUUGGAUUCACUGGGACGAACAGGACAUUCGAGGACCUGUUUGGCCGUAGGUACUGGAGAGCUGGAGCAAUGUACAAAGGUGUUGCACCUUCACCUGUUAGACUUUCUCCUUACUCAGGCACUGAUAUGAAGAAGGAGCCAAGCUGUACUCAAAACCCAAAAUUACAACUUCCUUCUAGGGAAGUGUUUGAGGUGAUGUUGGAGUUCGUAGGCAUAAGGAACCUACCAGAGGGACAUACUGGAAAUCUCUUUGUGUCAUUGAGUAAAUCAGGGACAGAUAAGAUCUUCAACAGACGUAGAAUCGUUAAAAUUGGAGCGGAAUCUGGUGAGAAACAAGUGGCGAACUUCCAGUGUCAGCCUACGGGGAACCUACAAUGUGAACUCAUGUCCUCCUCACCUUCUGUUCCAAUGGGCACAAUGUCCAUAUCUCUGGAAGACUUUCUGUCAUCCGACUCCGAUCUUACAGUGGAGAAAUGGUUUGAUUUGGUUUCUUCAAAUACCCCGGAAACCAAGCCGAUUGGCUUGCGAGUGGCCAUAUCCGUUACCACGCCUACCCCAGCACCAUAUACACUUAAUAUGCUUCACUCUCAGCAGCCAAUUCCAGGCAAGCCCCAGUUUUCCAGAGAAUUGACAGCCAUAGUUGAUGAGGAUGGGAAGAUGCUGCUAAAUCUACAUAUGAGAGAUCUGCACAAGUCAAGAGGCAAGAAAGAAUGUAGAAGAAGAGUUGUAAUUGGAAACAUGACUUCGGGAAAAUCAUGCACUCUCGCUGAGUUUACCGGCUCCAAAUGGUCUAUGGUGAAUUCUCCAUGGUCUGUUAAGCUUCCAAACGCAAACAAUGACGACGGACAUAUCUUCGAGUUGACUGGCCCUCAUACUGUAAGGUUUUUCAGAGGUGGAAGGUUGGAUUACGAUUCAAACAGUCAACACGAACCUCACCUAUUUACAGCGAUAAAGUUCUCACCUAAAGAGCCUUAUGGAACUGCAGUGGCAUUACUUAACAUGAAGUCUGGCACUAUCAAGAUCAAAGAAGAAUGGUUCAUUUUACCUAGUAUCAUAGUUACAUGUAUACUUGGUAAAAUAUUGAGGAAGACCAACCAGCAAAAGGUAGUGAAUGUUAAUGUAAAAAUUGGUGUUACUGGUGUAAGUGGUGGUUGUGGAUUCAUGAUGGCUAAUUGUGGUGUUAACGGCAUUAGCAGUGGUUGUGGUAGUUGUGGAAGCAUGAUGGCUAAUUGUGGUGUUAUUGCGGGAUGCGGAAACAUGAUGGCUAACUGCGGUUUUACCGGCACUGGUGGUGCUUGUGGACUUAGUGGUUGUAAAUCUGAUAGAGUGUUGGCUAACUGUGGCGUUAGCAGUACUAGUGGUGGUUGCGGUGUACCAGGGAAAAUGAUGGCAAAUUGUGGUGUUAGCGGUGCUAGUGGUAGCUGCGGUGUUAGCAGUCGUGGAUCUGAAAACAUGAUGGCUAACUGUGGCGUUAGUGGCAGUGUUGGCGCUAAAUCAGAAUGUGUGAUGGCUAACUGUGGCGUUAGUGGCAGUGUUGGUGCUAAAUCAGAAUGUGUGAUGGCCAACUGCGGUGUUAGUAGCGGUGUUGGCACAAAAUCAGAAAAAGUGAUGGCCAAUUGCGGUAUUAGUAGUGGUGCUAAAUUUGAAAGUGCAAUGGCUAACUGUGGUGUUAGUGGUGGCGCUAAAUCUGAAGUUGCAAUGGCUAACUGGGGUGUUAGUGGUGGUGCCAAAUCUGAAAGCGCUAUGGCUAACUGUGGUGUUAGUGGAAAUAUGAUGGCUAAUUGUGGUGUUAGUGGUGGUGCUAAAUCUGAAAGUGCAAUGGCUAACUGUGGUGUUAGUGGUGGCGCCAAAUCUGAAAGCGCUAUGGCUAACUGUGGUGUUAGUAGUGGUGAAUUGGGAAGCAUGAUGGCUAAUUGUGGUGCUAGUGGUGUUAGUAAUGGGGCUAAAUCAAAAAGUGUGAUGGACAAUUGUGGUGUUAGCGCUGGCUAUGGUGUUAGUAAUGGUGAAUUUGGAAGCAUGAUGGCUAACUGUGGAGUUAAUAGUGGCACUGGACUUAGUGAAAAUGGAAUCAUGAUGGGUAACUGUGGUGUUAGCGGAGGUACUAAAUCCGAAAAUAUGAUGGCUAACUGUGGUGUCAGUGCUAUUAGCAUGAUGGCAAACUGUGGUGUCAAGGGAGGUGCUAAAACCAUGAUGGCUAACUGCGGUGUUAGCAGUGGUAUGUCUGAAAGCAUGACGGCUAAUUGUGGUGUUAGCAAUGGAAGCAUAAUGGCUAACUGCGGUGUUAGUGCCGAGGAGUCCACAAAAUGUGGUGGAUGUGGGCUAAGUGUGGAGGUUGCGGGGCCAGUUGUGGAAGCAAAUUAGACGUGUGACCAUAUAUGAUGCAUUGACUACAUUUAUGUAUUGUAUGUGUUUUUCUAUCUUUUGUGGUUUUGAGUAUUGUAAUCUGAUUGUAAUUUCUGCCACUUGUUGGUAACCAAUCUUCUCCUUUGUGUGACGAAUAAAGCCAUGAGUUUUCGUAUGUUAAA